AUGCAUCAGCCGUCAAACAGCAUCUCUGGCGGAGUCAAGAUGAAUCAGGACGAGGUGAAGCCGCAGCAGGAGGCUGAUAGCUGGAACCCACAGCCAGCCCAGGACGACGGAGCCGCCUCUUCUAACCCGGUGCCAUCUACAUCCAAUGCCACGAAGAAAAAGGGCCGAUCUGGCUACUGGAAGGAGGUCAAGGCGAGGAAAAAGGCCCAGGCAGCGGCCGAGAGUGACAUGAACGAGAACGGCGGCGUCGCAACCUCCAUACCUGUCGAGAAUAACGAAACACAUACUUAUGGGGAGAAUGGUAACUUCAGCACCGGCGAGAAUACAGACGCCUACACCCUCCUACCCAGCGUGGAAGCACCCGCACCGCUUUUCUCUCCGGAAAUAAAGCCCAAAUCAAAGAACGGCAAGAAGGCCAAGGGUGCAUCGCAUGUUGCUCCGGAACAAGAAAAAUGGCAGUCAUCAAUCUCAUUCAAUGAUAAUUCUGGUGCAGAGGGCGGAUGGGACGCGAGUGUGACGCAGAAAGUCUGGGAUAUCGAGAAUCGGAAUGAGCGAGCGCAUGAGACUGGCAAUGGCAUCGACCAGGUUCUGGAAGAGGUCGUGAAAGCAAAGAAGCCAAAGCAAAAGAAGAAAAAGGCAAAACCAACAGCGACAGCCGAGUCAGAAACAGGGAAUGAGGGCUUCGACUCUGGCUAUAAAGCUGGCAACGUCAAUGUUGCUACAGGCUCAAAUGCUGAUCCAAUUAGCGGGAAACGGGAGCUAGGUGGAACCACUGCAGUCCAGGAAAUGCCUCCUCAACAAUCCAACGAAAUAAAGGAGACGAAAAAGGCUAAGAAGAAGAAAGCCAAAAAGAACAAAACGAACGCUCAAGGAGAGCCUGGAACGCCCGACAUUGACCAAGGCGAUGGAGCCGUUGACAAGGCAGGGCAAGAUACCCCAACAUCAAGCGUCGCAGGGGCAGAUAGCAAUGGCGAUUCUAAUGGCCCUGCGCCAUCUGCAGCGGGUGAAAACAAAGAUCGGACCCCUAAUGAUGAGAUGAACACGAAUGGCAUUGAAAACAAGGGUGAAAACAAGGAGCACGAUGUUAAUGGAACCCAAACUCGUAACGAAAUACCCAUGCCAUCAGCUUUCAAAGAGCAAAAGCCAAAGCAAAUGAAGAUUCAAGUAGACCUAGACCUUGAACUUGCGGCCGUUUUGAAGGCAAAGGUAAAAGGGGAGAUGAUGAUUACUUUUAUGUGA